UUUGUGUGAUAGUCCACUUUGGGUUGAAGUUCGCAAUACAUUCAAUUAAUUAGCUGAAUUAUAUUGAAGAACUGAAUUACAUUGAAGAAGAAGAAUUACAAAGAAGAAGUUUCGCUUGUAAUCCAAUAUUAAGUGCACGAGAAGAAAUAAUCGCUGGUUUCUGCUACGAAAGCUACAUGUAACCCGCGAAACGUCCUGUCCGAGUACGAGUGGGUCUGGUAAAGAGUGAAAGUGAAGGAAAAACAAGUUUUUCGGCGUGCGAAGUAUCCAGCGACUAUGCGAAAAGCUUCACGCUCCACAGAAAUGUUAUCCAAGAAGCCGAACAAGAAGAAUAAGAUUUAAAGGCCUAUGUAUGGUGGUUGCUGCUAUAUAUCAGAAUACAAGUGUGGAGUAGGUGCUUGUUGUGCGUGUUACAUAAUUGCAAACCGACCUGGUAUCCAUCACGUUACAUCUGUUCCAGGAGCCGUUCUACUAAAACCACAUAUUCAGAAUAGCUGAGCAUCGUAUCUUCGCACACUCAAUGCCAAAACGGCUGUCUGACCCCACUAGAAGAUCAAAACGUGGUGAAGUGAAAAUAAACAUUUCAAUUUGCUGAAGCUGGAAUUGAAAUUGAAGAUCGAACAGUGAUUUGACGUGUAUAUGUGUAUCUGUCUGCUGCAUGUGUUGAGCAGCCGGGAAUCUGCAUUGAAAAAGGAGGUGAAUGAGGUCAAGAUCGCGCGACUGAGCUGCUCAUCAGUUUUAUCGUUUAUUGCCUGAGCUGCUGUACGUGAGAAUAGCGAUCAUCGUUGUUUGGCUACCUGGCCCCAUAAGCCCUGAGUGCGUAUACGUGUGUGUAUUAUUGAAGCUGUUAAUUGCAAUUUAGUGGUUCCAGUAAAGGCGUGCCAGUGCAACAGGGCUGGGAUUGUCAAAAGUUUUCCAGAUGCAUCUUUCGACUUGAAACCACUUGUGGAAGAUGCUGCCACAAUUGAAGAUACAUCCAUUCUCGCUAUUUGUGCCAAGAGAAGACCAGCUGCAGAGUGAGGAAAAUCGCUGAUGCUGACUGCGGGAUUUAUGGCGUAUUGAGUUCAAAAUUGCAUGCUGUUUGUGCUCCCGCCCCUCGCACGCCAGAUGCGAGAUUUGUGAUCUAGGUUAAGGUUCGCCACCUGCUUCUCAGUGUGGCAUUGUACGUGAGUCCGUUUUUGUGUUUGUCCUGUAUGUGUGAUUGAGAAAAAAAGAAACCAGUAAAAAUGGGAGACAGCACGAUGGGUUCCGUUAGCUUCCUCCAUCUGGGGGACAUUGUUUCCCUGUACUCGGAGGGAAGCAUUUCCGGCUUUCUGAGCACGUUGGGCUUGGUAGACGACCGUGUGGUUGUCUGUCCCGGAGCAGGAGAUCUGAACGAUCCGCCGGAAAAGUUCCGGGACUGUCUGAUUAAAAUAUGUCCCAUGAAUCGGUAUUCGGCGCAGAAGCAGUUCUGGAAAGCGGCCAAACAAAGCACCACAACGAAUACGGAUACCAGCCUGCUCAAGCGCUUACAUUUUACAGCUUCAAGACAUAAACUCCCCGUAUGCAGUUCAAGUUUUAAGUUAUCACGUUCUGUUGAUCAGUUGCACCACGCCGCCGAAAUCGAGAAAAAGCAGAACGAAUCCGAGAACAAGAAACUGCUGGGAACGGUCGUCCAGUACGGCAGUGUCGUACAGUUGCUGCAUCUGAAGUCGAACAAAUAUGUCACCGUCAACAUACGGUUGCCGGCUCUGCUGGAGAAGAACGCCAUGCGCGUCUAUCUGGACGCCAACGGUAACGAGGGUUCCUGGUUCUACAUCAUGCCGUUCUACAAGCUACGCUCAGCCGGGGAUAACGUAGUGGUCAAUGAUAAGGUCAUCAUGAAACCAGUCAACGCCAAUCGGCAAAACUUGCAUGUCGCCGCCAAUUAUGAGCUGCCGGAUAAUCCCGGCAGCAAGGAGGUUAACGUACUGAAUUCCUCGUCGUCUUGGAAGAUUACGCUGUUCAUGGAACAUCGGGAAAACCAAGAGGAUGUAUUGAAGGGAGGAGAUGUGGUGCGAUUGUUCCAUGCCGAGCAGGAGAAGUUUUUGACGAUGGAUGAGUACAAAAAGCAGCAACACGUGUUUCUGCGAACGACGGGUAGAACCAGUGCUACCGCGGCCACUAGUAGUAAGGCUUUGUGGGAGAUUGAGGUCGUUCAGCACGAUUCAUGCCGAGGUGGGGCAGGUCAUUGGAAUUCAUUAUUUAGGUUUAAGCACCUAGCCACCGGGUACUAUCUGGCUGCAGAGAUUGAUGAUGACAUAUCACGCACAGAGAAGUCCAGCAAUUCUAGUCACCCCCAAGGUGAAUCGUUCCGGUUGGUAUCCGUGCCCCACUCGACGGAUAUUGCAUCGGUGUUUGAGCUAGAUUCCACGACAAUCACUCGACCGGAAGGACUUGUGCCGCAAAACAGUUAUGUACGGAUGCGACAUCUUUGUUCCAAUACCUGGGUUCAUGCAACGUCUUCGCCUAUUGACGCAGAUGAGGACAAGCCAGUAAUGUCGAAAGUGGGGUGCUCCGCCAUAAAAGAGGAUAAGGAAGCUUUCCAAUUGAUUCCAGUGUCUCCUGUAGAAGUGCGUGAUUUGGACUUUGCCAAUGAUGCCUGCAAAUUAUUGCAAGCUAUGAGUACCAAAUUGGAGAACGGCACCAUAUCACCAAAUGAGCGACGAUCCCUGAUCGCUCUCCUGCAAGACAUAGUGUUUUUCAUCGCCGGCCAAGAAAAUGAGCAGAACAAGAGUGAUGCCCUCGAUUUGACGAUCAAUAAUCCUAAUCGCGAUCGUCAAAAGUUGCUUCGCGAGCAGUAUAUUCUGAAACAACUGUUCAAGAUAUUGCAAGGUCCAUUCCAGGAAACGAAGAACAACGAUGGACCGUUCUUGAAGAUCGAUGAACUUGGCGAUCCUAAAAACGCCCCCUACAAGAACAUCUUCCGGUUAUGUUAUCGGAUACUCAAACUUAGCCAGCAAGACUAUCGUAAGAAUCAGGAAUACAUCGCGAAGCACUUCGGUCUGAUGCAGAAGCAGAUCGGCUAUGACAUUCUAGCGGAGGAUACGAUCACGGCUUUGCUGCACAACAACAGAAAACUACUCGAAAAACACAUCACGGCUGCCGAAAUUGAAACGUUUGUCGGUCUUGUGCGGAAGAACAUGAACAACUGGCAGUCCCGCUUCCUGGAUUACCUAUCGGAUCUUUGCGUGUCCAACAAGAAAGCCAUUGCCGUAACGCAGGAGUUGAUUUGCAAAAGUGUUCUCAGUGCCAAAAAUGCAGAUAUUUUGAUAGAAACGUUCCUGCGAGAGGUCGAUGAUGAACGGUUGGGUUAUUUGAAUGAGUUGGAAAGGGGUAAUCAUCAGUUCACCGAGAUCCGGGAGGUGGACGAAACUAUUGAGAGUGAAACGGAAGGGGAUAAAGUAGCGUCCAAGUCGUCAGCGGCAGGAACUCCUAAGAAGCUAGAUGAAAGGAAGCGAUAUGAGGUGGUUCUUAUGUGGCAGAAUCGGACGCAAUCGAAAUCCAUGAGCCGACUGGCACAGGGACUGAAAAUUGGCCGCACGCACGACAUAUCCAUCAUGGAGUACUAUCGGCACCAGCUGAAUCUAUUUUCCAACAUGUGUCUGAACCGGCAGUACCUGGCACUGAACAACCUUUCGCCGCAUCUGGACAUCGACCUGAUACUGCGAUGCAUGUCCGACAAAACUAUUCCGUACGACAUGCGGGCAUCGUUCUGCCGGCUGAUGCUGCAUCUACAUGUGGACCGUGACCCACAGGAACCGGUGACGCCGGUCAAAUAUGCCCGGCUGUGGUCGGAGAUUCCUUCCGUUAUGUCAAUCAAUGAUUACGACAUUGAGAAGCAACCGGACAGCAACAAAGAGGCUGUACGAGCCCGAUUCAACAAAACCAUCGCCUUCGUGGAGGACUACCUGUGUAAUCAUGUGGUUUCGAAAAUGUGGUUCGCCGACCAGGAUCAAAACAAGCUCACCUUUGAGGUGGUAAAACUGGCCCGGGAUCUCAUCUACUUCGGGUUCUACAGCUUUAGCGAUCUGUUGCGGCUCACGAAAACGCUGCUCAACAUCUUGGAUUGCGUAUCGAAUAGCGACGCUGACGGAAGUGGUCUCCCAACCGGGCAUAUCGAUUCUACCGAGGAUGGAGAACCACCGUCGUCAACAUCCCGGAAGGAAAGCACAGGUGAACCAAUUAGCAAAAAGUUAAAUCGUUCCGCUUCCACUGUGGCUGUGCUGGCUGCGGUUGAGGCCAGCAAAGCGACAGAUCGCUCUGACAGUCUAUCGGAGGCCGCCAACGCUGAAGGCGGCGUGCUGCGAAGGAUCGGUGACAUGGGUGCCGUCAUGACUUCACUGACCCUGGGGCCGAUCUCCACCGCUCUCGUGUCCCCCAACAUCCAGCACCGAAAGUCCGUUUCCCAGUACAUGAAAGAAUAUCCGCUGGUGAUGGACACUAAGCUGAAGAUUAUCGAGAUCUUGCAAUUUAUCUUGGACGUUCGUCUGGACUACCGGAUAAGUUGUCUGUUAUCGAUUUUCAAGCGGGAGUUUGAUGAGAACGAGCAAACGGCAAGCAGUCAACAGGUUCAACCGACUCCUCCGGUGGUUCAACCCAUUGUUCCUACGGUUCCAUCGGUCAUUGUCCCAUCUUCGGAUGGUACCCUCAAGGAGAAUACAUCGGAUACAGCUUCGCUGUUGUCGACAUCAACGGUGGAAACGAUAGUGGAGUCAUCCACUGAAGAACCGCUAAUUCCUAAUCAAUCAACGACGGUGACCAGUCAGGAAUCGAAACCGGAAGUCAAACCAGAUACUAAGCCGGCACCUGCUACGGCUGAAAAUAUAAACCUCCGUCAGAAGAACAUAGAUCUCGAAUCAAUCGGUGUUCAAGCGGAAGGUAUUUUCGGUUGUAACGAAGACACCUAUAACCCACUGGAUCUGGACGGCCAAGGUGGCAGGACAUUCCUACGCGUACUGCUGCACCUGAUCAUGCACGAGUAUCCUGCGCUGGUGUCAGGAGCUCUUCAUCUGCUCUUCCGCCACUUCAGUCAACGGCAAGAAGUGCUACAUGCCUUCCGUCAGGUUCAGCUACUGGUAUCAGACAGCGACGUGGAGUCAUACAAGCAGAUCAAAUCGGAUCUAGACGUGCUGCGGCAGAGCGUUGAAAAGUCGGAACUAUGGGUGUACAAAUCCAAACAAUCCGAUGAGUUGCAACAAGCUGAAGGCGGAGAGGCUACUGAUGGUCAGAAGCAAGAUAAGGAUACCACGUCGUCCUCUGUGAAAACGAAACCCGAGUUGGUCAAACAGGAAUCUCAGUUGAACUUUGACCAGGGUCCCGAACUGAACCCAGAGCAGGCAGCUGAAUACAAGAAAAUUCAACAGAUUUUGAUUAGGAUGAACAAAUUAUGCAUCACAACAGCAGGUCCCGGUGAAGUCGUCAAACCGAGGAAGCACGAACAGCGAUUGCUGCGAAAUGUGGGAGUUCAUACGGUCGUCCUAGAUCUGCUUCAAAUACCCUAUGACGAGAAAGAUGACUACCGAAUGAACGAGUUAAUGCGUCUGGCUCACGAGUUCCUGCAAAACUUCUGCUUGGGAAAUCAGCAGAAUCAAAUUCUGCUCCAUAAACAGCUGGAUCUGUUCCUUAAUCCAGGGAUCCUGGAGGCGGAAACCGUUUGUGCCAUCUUCAAGGACAAUCUCAACCUAUGCAACGAAGUUAGUGAUAAGGUUGUGCAGCACUUUGUGCACUGCAUUGAAAUUCACGGUCGCCAUGUAGAGUACCUCAAGUUCCUGCAGACGAUCAUCAAGGCGGAGAACCAAUUCAUACGCAAGUGCCAGGACAUGGUCAUGCAAGAGCUGGUCAACGCAGGCGAAGAUGUGCUGGUAUUCUACAAUGACAAAUCUUCGUUCAACUACUUUGUCGAGCUGAUGCGAACCUACAGCAGCGGGGAGCUGAGCGAUUCCAGUCCGUUGAUGUACCAUAUCGAAUUGGUGAAGCUGCUUGCCUGUUGCACGAUGGGUAAGAAUGUGUAUACGGAAAUCAAGUGCAAUAGUUUACUGGCGUUGGAUGACAUCGUGGCAAUGAUAUCGCAUCCGGACUGCAUCCCGGAGGUGAAGGUUGCGUACGUGGAUUUCCUGUGUCACUGCUACAUCGAUACGGAGGUCGAGGUUAAGGAGAUCUACUCUUCCAAUCACAUGUGGUGUUUGUUCGAGAAGUCGUUCUUAAUCGAUAUCAACAAUGUGGUGAAGGGAGGAAGCUACACAAAUCGUCAAUUAGAGAAUUAUGUCUGCAACGAAAUCAUGAACAUUCUGACGACCUUUUUCAACAGUCAAUUUUCGGAUCAAAGCACGGCACUACAGAAACGGCAACUAAUUUUCGUAAAGAUCCUGCAGUCUUCCUUCAAGCUAACGCAAUGCAAAUGGCUGUCUCCCUCACAGCGAUUCAACGUGGAAAACUGCAUACGCACGCUUUCGGAAAAGGCGAAACCACGUGGCAUCGCCAUUCCGAUCGACCUGGAGAACCAGGUGGUCAAAAUGUUCAACAAGACCGCACUGCUGUCGCGCCAGACCAGCAAGUGGCUGCUGGUCACCAAGCAGACCAAGAUGGAGCGAUCGCAGUCGCAGAUCAUGCGGAUGGAUCGCAGCAUAAUCGAGGGCCUUCAGGACAUUGUUUCGCUGCUGGAGGACAAGCUGAAACCACUGGUGGAAGCGGAACAAUCAUUGCUGGUGGACAUUUUGUACAAAUCGGAACUAUUAUUCCCUGUUAAUACGGAAUCAAGGAAAAAGUGCGAAAGCGGAGACUUUAUUCGUCAUUUGAUCAAACAUACGGAAAAGUUGCUAGAAGAGAAGGAAGAGAAGCUGUGCGUUAAGAUAUUGAAAACCUUGAAGGAGAUGAUGACAAUUGACUGUGACUAUGGCGAUAAAGGAGAUCACUUACGGACGAUCUUGCUGAAGAGGUACUUUGGGCAUGAGUUUGUUCAACCGACGUUACCCGCGAUAGCUGGAGAACUAACAAAAGGCGUCGAGCAGCAAUCUGGUCCAGCUGGUCUACCCUUGGCCACGAUCAGUCAUGGACCGGGAGCAAAGUAUCUAAUUCGCGCAGGAAGGACGUUACACGAGGUUCAGAACGAUUUGGACAAGGAGGGGGCAAGUGAUCUUGUGAUUGAACUGGUAAUUAAAUCUAUCAACUCGCCAUCGAUAUUCGUUGAAGCGAUCGAGCUGGGAAUAGCACUGCUGGAAGGUGGAAACCCCAUAAUUCAAAAGGGAAUGUACAAUAAAUUUCUGAGCAACGAUCUGAGCCAAUCGUUCUUCAAGGUAUUCUUCGACAAGAUGAAAGAUGCUCAGCAGGAAAUCAAAUCAACGGUCACGGUAAAUACUUCGGAUAUGGCAGCUAGCAAGGCGAAUGAGAGUAAAUCCGAUGGAAAGGAUUUUGAUAAAAUCCAGCGGAAGAACGUGAACAAGGUGAAUGGAAUUGUGAUAACGGAUGAGUUCAAAGAAGAGCUGCAGAACGCGGCUUUAGUUACACAGCAGUCCUACAUAAACGCUAGGAACUUAGCAGCGGCCUCAGAUGGAACAAAUUCUGAGAACGGCGAUGACAGUGCCCUUAUGAGCAUAGGGACUUCGGCUUUGGAAGACAUCCUGGCUGAAAAAUUGGAGAAGCAUAAGGAUAAGGACGAAAACAACAAAUUGUCCAACAAAGUCCUUGUUAUGCAACCAAUUCUUCGGUUUUUACAGCUUCUUUGUGAGAAUCAUAACCCAGAACUGCAAAACUUACUGCGAAACCAGAACAAUAAAACAAAUUACAACCUUGUCUCGGAAACACUGAUGUUCCUCGACUGUAUUUGCGGAUCGACUACAGGUGGGCUUGGUCUCCUGGGUCUAUACAUAAACGAGAAUAACGUGUCUCUGAUCAACCAAACCUUGGAAACUCUUACGGAAUAUUGCCAAGGUCCUUGCCAUGACAACCAGAAUUGCAUUGCCACGCAUGAGUCCAACGGAUUGGAUAUCAUCACUGCACUUAUUCUGAAUGAUAUCAACCCGUUGGGCAAGAAUCGAAUGGAUCUCGUUUUGGAGCUGAAGAACAAUGCUUCCAAACUGUUGCUUGCGAUCAUGGAAUCCCGAGGGGAUAGUGAGAACGCAGAGCGAAUUUUGGCCAACAUGAACCCCAAGCAGUUGGUCGAUGUGGCGUGUCGGGCCUACCACCAGGACGAAAAUAUCCUGCUACUGCUCAAUCAGGGAGAUGGAAAUGGUGACGACAACUAUAGCAUGAAGCAUGACCUGGCGGAUGACCAGAACGAUGAUGAUGAUGUGGGCGUUUCUCCAAAGGAGGUCGGUCACAACAUAUACAUCCUCUGUCAUCAGCUUGCCCAGCAUAACAAGGAACUGGCAAAUCUCCUGAAAAUCGACACCUAUAAUCCUGCAGCUACUAAUAACGAAAGCAGAAGCGGUAUCAGCUUGCCUCCACCUUUGCCAGCGAGCACCAGCAAGGCCAAUACGAAAAUGAACCAAGCACUACUCUUCUAUCAAACUCACACGGCACAGAUCGAAAUUGUUCGACACGAUCGCACCUUGGAGCAAAUUGUGUUCCCCAUUCCGGAGAUUUGCGAGUACUUGACCAAGGAUACAAAAGUGCGAGUUCUCAAUACCGCCGAACGGGAUGAUCAGGGUAGCAAAGUGGCGGACUUUUUCGACCGUCAUGAAGCCAUGUUCAAUGAGAUGAAGUGGCAGAAGAAACUCCGUGGGCAGCCGGCUCUGUUCUGGGUCAGUAGUUACAUGUCUUUGUGGAGCAAUAUUCUGUUCAAUUUGGCCGUGCUGAUGAAUCUGAUUGUGGCGUUCUUCUACCCAUUCGACAAUAGCGUGCCAGAGUUAAGUUUCCACCUAUCAUCCCUCAUUUGGAUUGUGACGCUCGUUUCGUUGGUCAUCGUUAUCACGCUUCCGCGGCAAUCGGGCAUUCGGACGUUCGUGGUGGCGCUUAUAUUGCGGUUGAUAUUUUCCUGCGGUCCGGAACCAACUGUGUGGCUGCUUGGGUGCAUUACAGUCAUCAUGAAGGGCGUGCACAUCAUCAGCUUGAUGGGGAAUUAUGGAACGCUGGAGAAGAACCUGCUGUCAAUCAUUACGGAUGCGGAACUUCUGUACCAUUUUGGGUAUUUGUCGUUCUGCGUUUUCGGUGUACUGUUACACCCGUUUUUCUUCUCGAUAUUGCUCUUCGACGUGGUUUACCGAGAGGAAACUCUGCUGAACGUGAUACGGUCAGUGACUCGAAAUGGCCGGUCUAUCAUAUUGACCGCAGUUCUGGCCCUGAUUCUGGUGUACAUGUUCUCAAUAAUCGGGUAUAUGUUCUUCCGGGAUGACUUCCUCGUCCCAGUGGAUGAAGAGUACGUAGCUCCCGAGACCGAGAUCACCAGGUGUACCGAACCGGAACGAAGUCACAUGCUGCCGGAUGCUCUGGUCGAAGGCAGUGAACCGUACUGUACCCAAACGCAGUCCGAUGAUUCCGGUGAUCGAGGAGGUGGAGACGAGAUGAAGGAACGAGGCUGUGAUUCCAUGGUCAUGUGCAUUAUUACCACGCUCAAUCAGGGCCUUCGCAACGGUGGCGGUAUCGGAGACAUUCUGCGGGCACCCAGUCGUAAGGAAACCCUUUUUGUACCGCGGGUCAUUUACGACCUACUGUUCUUCUUCAUCGUCAUCAUUAUUGUGUUGAACUUGAUUUUCGGUGUCAUCAUCGACACGUUUGCCGAUCUGAGAAGCGAGAAGCAGCAGAAGGAGCUGAUUCUGAAGAACACCUGCUUCAUAUGUGGGCUGAACCGAUCCGCGUUUGAUAACAAAACGGUCAGCUUCGAGGAGCACAUCAAGAACGAGCACAACAUGUGGCACUAUCUGUACUUCAUCGUGCUGGUCAAGGUGAAGGAUCCGACGGAGUUCACCGGACCGGAGAGCUAUGUGCAUGCCAUGGUGAAGGCAAACAUUCAAGACUGGUUCCCACGGUUGCGCGCCAUGUCGUUGGCAGCUGUCGAUGGAGACGGAGAGCAGAUCGAACUGAGAAGUCUCAAGAAUUUGCUGGAAACCAACCACAUUGCCGUACGGGAAUUGACUGCUCAAAUCAUGGAACUGGAAAACAAGAUGACCGAACAGAGGAAACAACGCCAACGUCACGCACUGUUGAAUCCGACGACGUCAACGUCCUACCAGUUCUAUCCGCAAAUUUGAUGUUCACCCUCCGAAAAUCUCUAGAACAGAAGAUGGACACCCCAUUGAAGAGAGUCUUGUGGCAUUUAUUGUGUAUAAAGUCUAUAGUUUUUGUAAAUUAGGUAAAACUUUGGAAAUGUUAUCACCUAGGUAUGGAGUCUAACUAACAUGGCACGUGCAUUGAUUGGUAUUGUGAUCCCUCUAAUUGAGUAAUGUUCAACAUAGAAUCUAUGCACUGUUCCAAAUUGUGAUUAGUCAGCAGAUAGGAAGCUCAAACUUGAGUAUCAUUGAUGUUAUAUUGUUAUAGGAAAUAUAGGCAAUUUAGUGCACUUGUCAUACGUAAAGUUGAAACGGCAGACUAACAAUUUUGUCAAUAUCAAAUAUGCAAUGUACGUUUGUAAAUGUCUUUUUUAAUUAUGUACUAAAAUUAGCAACAUUUCGAUCCACCUACUAACUGACUUACCCGUACUUCUUAGACUGUACUUUACCAACGAAUUUUAGUCAAACCUUUAGAAAGAUUUAUGGUUUUUCGUAAACAAUCUUUUAGAAACUCACUUAUUGCUAAUGUGUUACCUUAUCAGCGACGACAAUACCUUUUAUACGAUCAGUAAUCAAGCUUAAUUCUAUUGAACUGUGCCACGUGUCCCUUACUCUAGCAUUCCCGUAAAAAAUCAUUCUCACAUCGAAUGUCUCUAACCCUUUACAUUGGAGCUAUUAAUUCCUUUUUUGCUAUGUGAUAUUUGUUUGCUCUUCCUAGAAUUAGUUUUCUGACAUUUUUCUAUCAAAAUUUACUUUAACAAUUAGCUGUAAGCACAAAGUUAUGUUCUUUUUUUCAAAUUAAGUUAAUCCUCCAUAGCUUUGAACUAUUUUAUUUACGCGUAGCGUCAUUGCUAUCCGACAAAAGAACAUCCUAAUGAACUGUGGAACUAACAAAUCAAAACGUAAAAUCUCAUGCUACUUACAUCGUUAACGCUUCUAUUGCAUACCAACUAAAUCAAACUUUUGCCUAGAUUCAUAGAGCACGGUAACUUUUCAUUUUAGUAAUAGGUCGACUACAUAGUAGAUGAGGAGAAGAAGAAAGAAAAAUGCUGUUACUGUUACGUAGUGUAAUUUUUAUUAAUUUCGCAUGGGGAAGUCUCGGGCGAAAACUGUACAGUUUUCCUUCGAUAGUGGUUAGCACCUUUCUAGAUUACUGAACAUUAUACGAAUACGGUAACUCAAAGUAUGUACCUACUAUUGAAA